AUGGCUUCCAUCUUUCGCUCAGGCGCCCUCGCCUUGAUCAGCGGCGGUGCAUCCGGCGUGGGCUUCGCAUUCGCGCAGCACUGUCGGCGCAGCGGCAUGCACGUGGCCCUGCUGGACAUCAAUGCGUCGUCGCUCCAGGCGGCCUCAUCCGCCCUCCAAUCCAUCGACAACAAGCUGCUGACACUGACGUACGAGCUCGACGUGUCCGACCUGUCGGCGUGGGACGCGGUCCGGGCGGACCUGGUGGGCAAGUUCCAGACCAUCGACUUCCUGAUGCUGAAUGCCGGCAUGUCCAUUCGCACGACCAAGCCGUGGGGCGACGCCGAGUACUUCCACAAGACGCUAGGCGUCAACUUUUUCGGCAUGGUGCACGGCCUCACGACCUUCCUGCCCAUGGUGCUGCGGACCACGGGGCCCAGUGCCGUGGUCCUGACAGGCUCCAAGCAGGGCAUCACCAACCCGCCCGGCAACCCGGCGUACAAUGCGUCCAAGAGCGCGGUCAAGACGGUGACGGAGCAGCUGGCGCACGACCUACGCACGCCGGCGUCGUCCAUCUAUGCGCCACACGUGUCGGCCCACCUGCUCGUGCCGGGCUGGACAUUCACGGGGCUGAGCGGCAACGUGGGGCCCGUGCCGGACGAGGAGGCCCUCAAGACCAAGCCCCGGGGCGCCUGGCUGCCCUCGCAGGUGGCCGAGUACGGUGUCAAGAAGAUCGACCAGGGCCAGUUCUACAUCAUCUGUCCCGACACCGACGUCGACGAGGCCCUCGACAACGCCCGCAUGACCUGGGCCAUUGGCGACAUCACCGAGGGCCGCAGCGCCUUGAGCCGUUGGGACGACAAGGUCAAGGACGAGGCUGCGGCGUGGAUCAAAAAGGACGCCGAGAGGCGGAGGGGCCAGUAG